CCAGUGAGGGGGAUUUCAGCAAGAUGAUUUGCAGCAGCAAUGAAGAUAUGAUUGCAGUUAGAAGCGUUUGCCACUGGUACACACGGUCCACUUUUCCAAGAUUCUGCUGUUCAGAGUGACGAUUUCAACACAGCAUCUUAUCACUAGCACAAAAGGCACAAUUUACUACCAAGCCAAGGUGAUAUACUGAGCUUUUGUCAUUGUGUUACCAUCACCAAGCUACAUUCCAUCUUCUGCUCAUGUGCUCUAUAAGAAAUAUUCUAAUUACAAAGAGGACACUGUUGUGCAGCAUUUUGUGACAAUUGUACAUGUCCUCUUGAGCCAGGUUCGUCCUGGCAACAGCAGCAGAAAUGUGCUACAGCAUCGCGUUGGAGUUUUUGUGCGGAUUCCCCUACGCAUGCAGCUCAAAGAACGCUUUUGAUGAUCCUGAAUUUCCUUUCUUCUGAGGUAUCGCUUUCGUCGUGAACAGAAAUAUGGCAUUUUGUCCGAUAUCUAUGAUGGACAGGAGUACUGCAAGCAUAGCAUGUUCUUCGCAUCUGAAUAUAACGUGUCCUUCGCCCUCAACUUCGAUGGAGCGCCGAAGUUCAAGUCCUCAUGAGUACAAGUUUGGCCAAUUCAACUUUACUUGAAUGAACUGCCACCUCAUGUAAGGGGAUCAAGGCAACACAUGUUCUUGGCAGGGAUAUGGUGCUCAGUGAAGAAGCCCCCGACAUGUGCGUGUUUGGCCCCAAUCUUGGAGGAACUGGAAGAUUUAGCUACAAAUGGUGUGAAGGUUACUGUGAGAGGGGAAGAAGUUACUUGCAAGGCACGGCUACUUUUUUACACUAGCAGACCUACCUGCAAGGGUCAUCUUUGACUAAUAUGAUCCAGUUCAAUGGCAAAUUUGGUUGUCUAACGUGUAAACAUGAGGGAAAGCAGGUUUCAAUUGGAAGAGGUAGCACUCGAGCAUAUGGAUAUCAGCCAGUUACGUUACGGAGCCAUUCACAACACACAAAAUAUGCCAUGGAGGCGUGAAGCAACCAGUCAGUUGUAUACGGAGUGAAGGGAAAAUCUAUCCUUCACAACCUGCCUGAAUUUGACAUCAUUAACAAUAACCCUGUGGACUACAUGCACUGUGUGCUGUUGGGAGUAGUGCGUACAUUAAUAUCAUUGUGGUUCGACUCUAAAAACCACAAGGAGCCAUGGUACAUUGGACGUAGGAUUUCUGAGGCAGAAUCAAGACUUCUCGGGGCUUAAACCCCCUGAUGUUGUUACAAGGGUACCAAAAUCUUGCAGAGGUAGAGGCUGGAAAGCAACAGAAUGCAGAACAUGCUUACUUUACUAUCUACCACUGUUGCAUGGAAUCCUGCCUGACAAAUACCUCGUGCAUGCUCUGCUGCUCUCUAAGGCUAUGAGACUCCUUCUGGCCGAUGAAAUUUCUCAAGCGGACAUAGAAAUAGCUGACAACCUGCUGGGCUUAUAUUGGAGAUUAACAGAGGAUUACUAUGGCCUGAAGCACUGCAAGGUCAAUGUCCAUCUUUUGGGACAUUUGUCGCAUUAUGUGAAACUUUUUGGGCCUCUAUGGACUCAUUCUGCCUUUGCCUUUGAAGACGCAAUUGGAGGUUUGGUCAAAAAGUCUCAUGGGACACAUGACAUAGCCAAUCAAUUCCAGCACCGACUGGAACAAGGGGACAUGUUCACACUCAACAACCACAGGAUGCUUCACGGACGAAAGAAGAUCCAGCUCAAUGGGGGAACUAGACACUUCACCAAUAUGUCGCUGAACAUUGAUGAGUUCAAGAGCACUUUCCACUGGCUGUGCACCAAGUAUGACCCAGACUACCAGCCACGAAAUGUCCUCAAUAAUGACUUCUCCUUCUCAUCUGCCGUCACCUCCACUGCCUGAUAGUGUUGGGAACAGCAGUAUAUACUCUAGCUGUGAACCAAACAUCAUACUUUUGUUAUUAGGGACUGUAGUACAUGUCCCACAUUAUAUGCUAUUAUUCCUCUUCAUUUUUAAUUUUUUCUUGGUUGGACAGAAUUCCUACAAGCCAUGUUCUAAGAUAAUUAACCUUCAGUG